CCGCUUGCGUGCAAUGAAAUGGAACGAAUCGAAGAAAUGAUCGCAGGCCCAACCGCUAUUGCCCACCGCAAACCAUGGCAUGGAAGCGUCAUUGAUGCAGCGCCUAGCCUUUGCGGCCGACAUGUGAUUGGAAUCUCCAGGUGGCUCAAACACAUGUGGUCCGCCAUUCACAGCGUCUGGCAAAUAGAUCUGGUUCUGGCUGGAAGCAUUUAAU